GAUAGCCAUUGGGAUAGCAACAAGUUCAGUUGUUUUGGGUAUUCUUUUUUGACAUAAACAUUGCUUUAGUUUCACUUUGUCGAAUAAAAUUCAUCCAACAUGCGCGAAAUUGUGCACAUUCAAGCAGGGCAGUGCGGUAAUCAGAUUGGGGCGAAGUUUUGGGAGGUAAUCUCAGACGAACAUGGGAUUGACCCUACGGGUACUUAUCAUGGGGAUUCCGAUUUACAAUUAGAAAGAAUAAACGUAUAUUAUAAUGAAGCAACGGGCGGCAAAUAUGUUCCAAGAGCAGUGUUGGUGGAUCUUGAACCCGGUACAAUGGACUCUGUACGAUCGGGUCCAUUUGGACAAAUAUUCCGACCAGAUAAUUUUGUUUUUGGACAAUCUGGUGCAGGAAAUAACUGGGCGAAAGGUCAUUACACAGAGGGAGCUGAACUCGUGGAUUCAGUUUUAGACGUUGUAAGAAAAGAAGCAGAGGGGUGCGAUUGUAUGCAAGGAUUUCAAUUAACACAUUCAUUAGGCGGGGGCACAGGCUCUGGAUUAGGAACUUUGUUAAUAUCAAAAAUCCGGGAAGAAUAUCCUGAUAGGAUAAUGAACACAUUUUCCGUAGUACCGUCACCGAAAGUAUCCGACACAGUUGUUGAGCCAUAUAAUGCCACUUUGUCCGUCCAUCAAUUGGUUGAAAAUACAGACGAAUCAUAUUGCAUUGAUAAUGAAGCGUUAUACGAUAUUUGCUUCAGAACAUUAAAGUUAACGACUCCCACUUACGGUGACUUAAACCAUUUAGUUUCGGCUACAAUGUCAGGUGUAACAACUUGCUUAAGAUUUCCGGGUCAAUUGAAUUCUGAUUUAAGAAAAUUAGCGGUAAAUAUGGUACCAUUCCCGCGAUUACAUUUCUUCAUGCCCGGUUUUGCACCAUUAACAUCUCGUGGAAGUCAACAAUAUCGAGCUUUAACUGUACCGGAAUUAGUAUUACAAAUGUUUGAUGCCAAAAAUAUGAUGGCUGCAUGUGAUCCCCGACAUGGACGUUAUUUAACCGUUGCAGCUAUCUUUCGUGGUCGUAUGUCCAUGAAAGAAGUUGAUGAACAAAUGUUAAACAUACAGAAUAAGAACAGCAGUUAUUUUGUGGAAUGGAUUCCGAAUAACGUAAAAACAGCCGUUUGCGAUAUCCCACCAAGAGGUUUAAAAAUGUCAUCAACAUUUAUUGGAAACUCAACAUGUAUCCAAGAAUUGUUUAAACGAAUUUCUGAACAAUUUACAGCAAUGUUUAGACGAAAAGCAUUUUUACAUUGGUAUACUGGUGAAGGUAUGGACGAAAUGGAAUUUACUGAAGCCGAAUCGAAUAUGAAUGACUUAGUAUCAGAAUAUCAACAAUAUCAAGAUGCAACUGCUGAAGAGGAGGGAGAGUUUGAUGAGGAAGAAGAGGCUGACAAUGAAAAUUAAUCGACCAAUCUGACUACCGAUCUGUCAUUAACAUAAAUAAUACAUAUGGGACAUUUUAUCUUUCAUUUUUAAAUUUAGGGGUUUUUAAUGGAUGGAAUAUCUUGUUUUAAAUUUUACUUGUGUUAAUGUUUUUUUAUUUUUAAUUUUGUA